AUGCCAUGCUUGCUGCUUUGCUGUGUGUUCCUCACCCUCCCAGUGUUUGUCAGAGCAGACGAAUGUAAGGAUGUCAGCGUGAAAAAUGAGGCUAUUUCAGUAGACCAACCUUUUGCUUUUAAUUGUGUGCCUCCUCCAGAAACAUCUGGGGAAGUAAAUAUAACAUGGUAUAAAGAUUCUAACAAAAUCCCAAUAACUAAAAACAUACAGUCUAGAAUUCACCAGUAUCAAAGCUGGAUUUUGUUUCUCCCCCUGACAGAGGAAGAUGCAGGAAUCUAUCAAUGUGUUAUAAAGAAUAUAAACAGCUGUCUCAGAAUACAUGUAAACCUGACUGCUUUUAGAAAAUAUUGGUGUGUUACUUCCAGAAAUGCUCUACUGAAUUUAUCAGAUGAGUAUAUACAAACACUUCACUUUGGAAAAGAUGAUGGUCUGACAUGUCAUUUGCAUUUCCCGGAUAGUUUUGUUUUGGAAUUAAUAACGUGGUAUAAGGACUGCAAAGAGAUUAAAGACGAGCGGUUUUAUUCCAGGGGAAUUAAGCUUUUGGUGAAUAAUGUCUCAUUAGAGGACGGAGGGAAAUACGCCUGUGAAGCAAGACUGACUCACGCGGGGAAAGUGCAUAGGGUUUUAAACAGCAUUAAUGUGGACAUCACUGAGAAAAUUGAAUAUGGAGAUAGAGUCCCUAAAAUUACUUAUCCAAGAAACAAUUCAAUUGAAGUACAACUAGGCUCCACCCUUAUUGUGGAUUGCAAUAUCACAGACGUGAGAGAUAACACAAAUCUACGAUGCUGGAAAGUCAAUAACACUCUGGUGGAUAAUUACUAUGGUGAAUCCCAACGAAUCAGAGAAGGACUCGAAUCAUGUGUACCAUUAGAACAAUACAAUAAGUACACAGUAAACAUAACUUUCCUUGAAGUGAAAAUGGAAGAUUAUGGUCGCCCUUUUGUGUGUCAUGCUGGCGUAUCGGCAGCAUACAUUGUACUAAAGCUCCCAGCUCCAGAUUUCCGAGCUUACUUGACAGGAGGUUUCAUCGUUCUGACAAGUGUGGCUGUGUCCAUAAUGUGCAUGUACAACAUUUUUAAGAUUGACAUUGUGCUUUGGUAUCGAAGUGCCUUCCUUCCAACUGGGACCAAAGAUGACGGGAAACGAUAUGAUGCAUAUGUCUUAUACCCGAAGCCACAAAAUGGAAGCCAGAGGCAUGACAUGGACAUGCUGGUGUUGAAGAUCUUGCCAGAUGUUCUGGAGAGGCAGUGUGGAUAUAAGUUAUUUAUAUUCGGGAGGGAUGAAGUUCCAGGACAAGCUGUGGCCAGUGUCAUUGAUGAGAACAUUAAGCUGUGCAGAAGGCUGAUCAUCAUUCUAGUCCCCGAAUCCCUGGGCACUGGCUUAUUAAAGAAUGAGUCAGAAGAACAAAUCACCGUCUAUAAUGCCCUCAUCCAGGAUGGAAUGAAAGUCAUUCUAAUUGAACUGGAGGGGAUCAAGGACUACACAGACAUGCCGGAGUCAAUGAAGUAUAUCAGACAGAAGCAUGGGGUCAUCCAGUGGAGUGGGAACGUCACAGAGGAGUCCCAAUCUGCAAAGACCAAGUUCUGGAAAAAAGUGCGCUAUCAUAUGCCACCUACCAGAUACCCUCCGUCUUUCUCCACGAGCACCAUGUAA